GUUGGGCAGUCCUUGGUUGACAUCAGUUACACUGUGGUUUUCCUCUCUGCGAGAAGUGAGGGGCCAGGGACAGACUGGUUGGGUUCUUUCCAUUCAACCAUUCCUCUUCUCUGACUCUGGUCUGCAUAUCAGGCUCCAGGCCACACUGACAGUCAGGCCAGGUGGGCAUCUGGUGUCAUUGCACAGCAGCGAGGAACUAGAUUUGACCAGCAAAUAUCUCCAUCCAUCAAGACAAACCCCUGUGGGGGGCGGCAAGACUUAGAGUCCCCUCUGCAGAUCACAGAUGGAAGGGCUCCCUACACUCCCCUGAUCAACCCCCCACCAUGUUCUUCUGUGAGGGAUCUUGUCACUGAUAUCCCCAUUGCCCCUCGAAUGAGGCAGCAGUCCCUUCAGAAGGUGGCUGGAAGCACCUGAAAGUGAGUUUUUCCAGAGUGGGAUGGUGAGACCUGUUUUGGUGACUGGCUCCAGUUUCAAAGGUGACUUUGAAGGUGCAGAGGAGUCACAAUGCAGCCCCGCAGCCUGAAGACUCUCCUGGCCAUCUGCGUCUUCAUGGCCUUUGUUUUCAGCACUGUGGAGACUUAUACCUGUAUCCAGUGCUCUCUGGGGGAGUGUAACACUGAGAAGCAGACUUGUGAGACUUCUCAGGGCUGCUUCAGCAACAAGCAAGAACUUAACACAUCAGGGGUGCGUGAAGGUCUUUGGGAGGAGAAAGGCUGUUCUUCAAGCAAGUGUUCUCCACUGUUCUUCUCGGCAACACUGGGGAAUGGCAAAACGUUUGGGUUUGGCAGACAGUGCUGUGAAGCUGAGCAAUGUAACCAAGGGCACCUCCAAGUGUCUCAGAAAUCCUCAGAUCUCAAUGGCGUUCAAUGUCCUGCCUGCUAUAAUGAGAAUGACCCUUCCUGUACACCAACGACUCUCGCCUGCAGAGGGACUGAGAUAAAGUGCGUUCAGGUUAUUGGCACAGCUCAAAAGUCCUUGAUACUGUUCGCCAUGGGCUGUGCAACAGAGUCCGCCUGUGGCCUGCAGGGUGAGGAAGUGGUGAAGAAUACAAAUAUCUACACCUACUGCAUGGGCCCUGCCAGUGGCGGCCCCCCUCCAGCACCUCUCAUCCCCUCCGUUCUGACUGGCCUCCUCCUGCUGAAGACCUUGCUUUGAUUGCUUAAUCACUUCGAAGUCCACAAUCCUGCAAAAACAUGACAAAGUGGCAGUCUUUGCAUUGUUCCCUUCCCCAACGCUUCCCCUGCAACCACUAGCACCAAAGGAUUAAAGAGCUGUU